AUGGUCUCCUUUCAAUGCGAGGCAUGCGGCGACGUGUUGACCAAGAAGAAACUCGACCCGCACCGCAACCAAUGUCGUGCCGCCGUCUUCACCUGCAUCGAUUGCAUGACCACCUUCCAUGGCACAGACUAUAGAUCACACACAUCAUGCAUUACAGAAGACCAGAAAUACCAGGGUCAUCUAUACCGAGAGAAGCCGUCCAAGGCGUCGAAGAGAAAGUCGGUAUCGAUUGUCGAGCCCGACAACUCCAAGGCCCUGGUGCCGCGUCCAGCAUACGUCGAAGAUGCCCCCGACACCGAUACUCCUCCUCAUGUCCCUACCCCUCCUCCCGCCGUGCCAGCCUUGACCCGCGACAGUGUAUUCGACUAUAUGGUGGAUGAAAGUCUCCCAAACACUCCUCAGAUCAGUUUUACUGCCAAGGAAAGAGAAGAGAUGUCCAUGGCCAAAGGGGCACCAUCCAUCUUCACCAACAGCCGGCCAUCGAGUCAAGAUGGCUACCGAAACUCAGAAGAGCAGAUGCUCAGCCAAGAGUAUCUGGACAAUGGUUUUACUUGGGGAGCAGAGCCUGUCAAGCCACGAGGCAUGCUGGACAUGAACCACAGCCAACUGACCCUGGAAUUCAUGACCCCCGCCGCUAAGGAAACGAAAUCAAGGCUGGAUAAAAAGGAUGGAAGGACGCGUUCACAUAGCCGCACCGACAGCGGGAGCGGCCAAAAGCGGAAACGUGACGACCAGACCCCUGGUGAUACACUAAUGGUCGACACAUCCAAGGCAGAUACUCCUACUGUCGUUCAUUCUGGCCUGACUGGUGGGCUCAAUCGCAUGACCACUGCAGAUGACUAUCCAUUCCGGCGAACGCCAGAGACUGAAGGAAAGAAUAAGCUUGUUAUUGAGAAGAACCGACCCGUUCGACGCAAUCACAAAGUGGAAGAUCCCACCUCCCCUAUCAAGCGUACCAGGCAUGCCAAGGACGAUCCAAAUGGGCUGGGAAUAUCACUCAAAGGCCGUGCUGUCAAGGCACUCUCCAUGGUUGGAGUUGCCCUCCUUCCAGGAUCCGGCGAAGACGCAAAGGAGAGUCGAACCAGAAGGAGAGCUAGCUCCUCGGAUCAUGGUCAGAGCCUAACCCGUGUCCGAGAGGGAGAGAAGCGUGAAAGGAAGAAACACAAAGUCCAUCGCCACAACGGAACGUCCUCAGCUAACGUCCGUCACGACCCUCGAUCAAGGCAACGAGCCAACGGUGACAAUUCACCAGCCAGCUCUCCAAAUGAAGGCGCUACUCGAAAACUGAAGGCAAUUGAGUAUCGCAAACACGAUGACUCUGGCUCAGAUACCGACUCUGACCCGACACAUCCACAUGCUCACGGCGAUGACUACAAACGGAAGUCGACCAACGGGACCAUGGUAGUCUUCGGAGCUGAGGAGAAACAGAAACGAGCAUGUCGAAGCUUUUUGGCCAACGCUCCAGGUCUCGACUCGGAAAAAGGAUAUUCCAUCCACAAAAUGUUAAAACGAUGGCAUAAGCAAAACGAUGUGAGGAGUACCUCUCUGAAACUCGAAGAUGAGCAAGAUCUCUGGCGGGGUCUCCGGAUUAGGAGGAACGAGAAGGGCGAGUUUGUGCUCCUUUUGUGA